GAACCAAAAUAUUGGAAGGAGAGCAAGAGUGCUAAGUUUUAUAUAUAGUAGGGGUGGAUACUGCGAACUGUAGUUCACUCCGGUCAGUGGCCGGGCGCGGUCACAUCAUUAACUAGUGAUCAGCAAAAUAUACAAUCCCAGCUAUGGCCUUCAAGCUGGUGCUUCUCCUGGGUCUGGCGGGCGCCUGCUCCGCGUCCCUGCGGCUGCAGGAGCGGUACGCCUGGAACGCCCUGGACUGGAACUUUCCAGAUGAAUACUCGAGACAGCAGGCGCUAUACUCCGGCGCUUUUGUCCCGGAAAACGCCCUCCCUGUCGGCAUCGAGAGGUGGAAGAACAAGCUGUUCGUCAGCGUCCCUAGGUGGCGGGCUGGUAUCCCGGCUACAUUGAACUACAUCCCUCUCGAUGCUCCGUACGAGCCAUCCCCCAAGUUGAUCCCCUACCCCAGCUGGGAGGGCAAUGAACUCGGCAACUGUCAGAAUGGACUGAACACCGUCUACAGAAUCAAGGCCGACAAAUGCGACCGUCUCUGGGUGUUGGAUGUUGGCACUUAUGGUUAUGAUCCCAAUGUUACUAACCCCUGUCCUUACGCCCUUAACGUCUAUGAUCUUAAAACUGACCGUCGUCUCCGGAGAUACGUCUUCCGCCCUGAAGACAUCGUCCCCACCACUUUUAUCGCUAACAUUGCUCUCGAUGAAGGCAAAAGCUGUGAAGACACCUUCGCAUACUUUUCCGACGAACUUGGAUAUGGACUCAUCGCCUACUCCUGGGAGCAGAACAAAUCUUGGCGGUUCACUCACAACUUCUUCAUGCCUGAUCCUCUUGUUGGUGAAUUCAACAUCGCCGGUCUGACCUUCGACUGGGGAGUGGAGGGCAUAUUCGGAAUCUCCGCGUCACCAGCAGGCAGCGACGGCUUCCGCACUCUGUACUUCAGUCCGCUCACUAGCCAUACAGAGUUUGCUGUCUCAACCAGCGUCCUGAGAAACGAAACCAAGACCAAAGGAAACUACAAAGACUUCAGAGUAGUUGGCAACCGCGGCCCCGACACCCACACCACUGCCAAGGUGGUCGGAGAGAACGGAGUCCAACUAUACAGCUUAAUCGACCAGAACGGAAUUGGCUGCUGGAAUAUAAACAAACCCCUGAAACCGGAAAACACCGCUGUAGUUGACAAGGAUGACGUUGGCUUGGUCUUCCCCAGUGAUGUCAAGAUUGAUGAUGAUGAGAACGUAUGGGUUUUGUCGGACAGAAUGCCGGUGUUCUUAGAAGCAAACCUGGACUACAGUGACAUCAACUUCAGAAUAUACACUGCACCUCUGAGUGUGCUACUGCAAGGAACAGUGUGCGAGCCGUCACAGGCGCUGAAGCCCUACCAGGCCCCGCAAGCCCCGGCCCUGCCUGCCCUCCCCCGCUUCCCCCAACUCGGGUCACCGAACUCGCAGUUUGGUCUGGCACCAGGCUCACCAAAGCAAUACGAAGUGCCUCAGUACGUUAUCGUGCCAUCUCAAGGUCAAAAGCCACAGACUUACCUUCCGCUAAUCACUGACAACUUCGCUCCUAAAGUAGAGGCUUACAUCAAUGUCCCGAAACAGCCGAGCGUACCCUACAUAACAGGACGUCUUCCCAAAGCUCAGCAAAACCUUCAGUCUAUUCAGAGCAACCCUGGAUCUUACAGCCAGGGGCAACAAAACGCAGCAUCACCGAACCGAAACCAAAAGCCUUGGUGGUUGAGAGGAAACUACGAGGUAUAUGAAUCAUGAUGAGGAAAUAUGUGUGUGUAAUAUUGUGUUGGAUGUUUGUGACAAAACGUUAGUAGUACAAUAGUUAUGCUAUCGUGUAUCUAGAUGUAUCUGCUGAUGUUUUACGAGUAUGCACGUGCGCGUGAGUGAUUGC